AUGUGUCCAAAACAGCCAUUAACAGAGAAGACUGAUCACAGAUUCAUCCUCAGAGGGGUGUCUGAAUCUGAGAAGAUGCUCACUCGGAAACGCAGUUGUCGUCACGCAAUCAUGAGCUGGAAGAUGGUGCUAGAAUUGAAACAAGGACGUCGAAGUGACGAUGUGUUAGAAAAUGACGAUAAGAAUGAAAAAGUGGUGCUCGAGUUGAAGAAAGUUGCAAGUGAUGAUGAUGGAAAGGGCAAGAAUCUUCGUUUACUGGACCAUCGGGGUAAAUUAGACACUGUCUUGCAUGCACAAGAAAAUAAGAAAGAGUUGCUGCAAUUCCGUGGGAAGCGUGCGGACGAGGGAUGGAACAAGAGUGGGACGAGCUUUAAUUCUAUAUGGGCAGAUGGCAACGAGUGCUUCGGUUCGACGACAUGGAACUUCUGUAGCGGCUCCGAGCAUUUGGGGUUCCAGAUAGGUCUUGACACUGAGUUGGAAAAUCCACAAAUGGAAAUAUGUGGUCGUGAGCAGUUUGGACCAGGACUGAAGCCGUCAAAAGAGAAUCUUCCGCUCUUGGAACGAGAACGCUACUGUUUGUAUUGCUAUGAGAAGCACUCGGAAAUGUGUGUGUCUGAAGGAAGGAAUCCACCAAGUCUCAACAGCAGCGUGGUGAGUUUCAGUUGUCCCCUUCUGUGGUUUACGAAAUGCGGUCAUUGUGGAGCUACGGCUGAAGCUGCACAUCCGGAAAACCUUUGCCCUAUGCUGACGUUUGGUAAUCUUCUCCUCGAGAGCAUCAGCAUUAUUGUAGUUGAGAACCCAAUUAUGCAGUGCGAGAAAAAGCUUUCGAUGCUGGCUUAUUUCAACUCGGUGCAGCCAUAUACGGGUCACCUCAUGCGAAAGUGCAAUUCACGGGCCUCAUCACGGCUACCCCGAAUUCUUGAUCGCGAGAGUCUCCAGCCAGAUGAUUUGCCUAUGCCAUUAGAAGAAUUGGAUUUCAAUGAUUAG